CAAUGUUUUUCGCCUUCAGUCCUAUCUACGACCCACCGAACGAUCUACUAAAAUACUUCAUUCUCCCCAGUAUACGGAGCCUAAGCUCAAGCCGCUCAUCGCCUUCCAUACAGUCCUGUAAAAAGUCGAAGAAGAAGAAGAAUAAGAAGACGAACGAAGCAACCCGCGAAACCAUGGGCAAAUACUCACUUUCCCCGUUCCUCUCACGCAUCAAACAUAAAACCAAUCGAUCAAAAUAUUCAGCGUUGAAAGAAGGCUGCUAUUGCCCACUUCCUUCUUCUCCUUCUUCCUCUUCAUCGUCAUCAUCCGAGUCUGAAUCUCGAUUUCGAUCCCAGAUCCAAUCACAGGCUCAAGCACAAACAACAACAGCCCCCCAAACCACCACCACUUCAAUGUCCACAACAACAGCAAUGAUAUUACCAACUGCAUCGUCACCACCAUCGAUGCUGAGCCCGCCGACGCCCUGGUACAACUCCUCUGGUUUCUCUUCCACGGAUACGCUUGUUGACGAUUCUACGCUGCCGCCCGUGUCUGCGCGGGCUAAUCAUACUUCGUCUGGGCUUUCCUCGUCGGUGUCGGCUUCAGAAGAGGACGACGAGGAGGCGGCGCGUUUGACGAGUACAGGGGAGCAGCAGCAGGGACGAGGGCUUCCGCAUCGGUCGACCAUGGGGUUUCGGGGCGCGAUUGCCGGGGCUGCCGGGGUCAUUAUGUUUUAGGGUCUCUGUGGAUGUGAUGGGGUUAUUGUGUGACGGGUGUAUGCUCGUGUUCUUAUAUUUUUUUCGUUCCCCGAAUUUUCGUGUCUAUUUCAUCUUGUUUAGUCUUGCUUUUCUUCUUCUUUUCUAGUUCAAGGAGACCAUUUUGGUACCUGCGUCGGUCCGAGUAUCAUGAUGCUGGGUCAACAUGUGAGAUUCUCUAUUUACUUCGGCUGUAGACGCUUCGAUACUUUUCUUUAGGUCGAUGAAGUACUUGAAGGGGUUUAUUAGAUUUUAUUCUGUUUGGACAUAUGUCUACUUAUGCAUGGAGAGAAACAAGUUAUUGAGCUAGAGCUGACAUCUCUGUUCACAACUACCAACGAAAUUAUAUCGACUGUCAAGUCUAGCAUGUUGAAACAAAUAACGAUUUCAACUCUAAAGUCGAAGUAAAACCCCAUCACAUUGAGUGGACGAAUUGCAAGAUGCAA